UUUAAACUAAUCCUGGAGGCACAGCAUCUUCCCAACCUCCACCGAGUUUCGGGAUUCUCCACUCAGCAGUCUGCCUCCGAGGUUCCCCCUUCUCCAAGUUUUGACAGUUUUCAGCUGAAAAUAUGCAGCGCCUCUCUCGAUUUUUAGAUCGAGCCUGCGUGCUGCCGGAGCCGGGCGCCGAGUCCAUGCGAGCUGCCAUCUGAUCCGCUCUUAUCAAUGAAGCAGCCGAUCAUGGCGGAUGGCCCCCGGUGCAAGAGGCGCAAACAAGCCAAUCCCAGGAGGAAAAACGUGUUUAGAGUGCCUGUUCUGCGCUUUCUCUUCAGUGGUGAACUAUGACAAUGUAGUGGACACGGGAUCUGAAACAGAUGAGGAGGACAAGCUCCAAAUCGCUGAGGAGGACGGGAUUGCCAACCCUCUGGACCAGGAGAGGAGUCCAGCGAGCGUGCCUAACCAUGAGUCCUCCCCACACGUGAGCCAAACUCUGUUGCCAAGAGAGGAAGAGGAAGAUGAGAUAAGGGAGAGUGGAGUAGAGCACACCUGGCACAACAAUGACAUUCUGCAAGCCUCUGUAGAUGGUCCAGAAGAAAUGAAGGAAGACUAUGACACUAUGGGGGCAGAAGCCACGAUCCAGACCGCAGUUAACAAUGGUACAGUUAAGAAUGCAAAUUGCACAGCAGACUUCGAGGAGUACUUUGCCAAAAGAAAACUGGAGGAACGCGAUGGUCAUGCAGUCAGCAUUGAGGAGUACCUUCAGCGCAGUGACACAGCCAUUAUUUACCCAGAAGCCCCUGAGGAGCUGUCUCGCCUUGGCACGCCAGAGGCCAAUGGGCAAGAAGAAAAUGACCUGCCACCUGGAACUCCAGAUGCUUUUGCCCAACUGCUGACUUGCCCCUACUGCGACCGGGGCUACAAGCGCUUGACAUCACUGAAGGAGCACAUCAAGUACCGCCACGAGAAGAAUGAAGAGAACUUUUCCUGCCCUCUUUGUAGCUACACGUUUGCAUACCGUACCCAGCUCGAGCGGCAUAUGGUGACGCACAAGCCAGGGACAGAUCAGCAUCAGAUGCUGACCCAAGGAGCAGGUAACCGCAAGUUCAAGUGCACAGAGUGUGGCAAGGCCUUCAAAUACAAACACCAUUUGAAAGAACACCUGCGAAUUCACAGUGGUGAAAAGCCGUACGAGUGCCCCAACUGCAAGAAACGUUUCUCCCAUUCUGGCUCCUAUAGUUCACACAUCAGCAGCAAGAAAUGCAUUGGUUUAAUCUCUGUAAAUGGCCGAAUGAGAAACAACAUCAAGACGGGUUCUUCCCCUAAUUCUGUUUCUUCUUCCCCUACUAAUUCAGCCAUUACCCAGUUAAGAAACAAGUUGGAGAAUGGAAAACCACUUAGUAUGUCUGAACAGACAGGCUUACUUAAGAUCAAAACAGAACCACUAGACUUCAAUGACUAUAAAGUUCUUAUGGCCACACAUGGGUUUAGUGGCACUAGUCCCUUUAUGAAUGGUGCACUUGGAGCCACCAGCCCUUUAGGUGUUCAUCCGUCUGCUCAGAGUCCAAUGCAGCACUUAGGGGUAGGGAUGGAAGCCCCUUUACUUGGAUUCCCCACAAUGAAUAGCAAUUUAAGCGAGGUACAAAAGGUUCUACAGAUUGUGGACAAUACGGUUUCCAGGCAAAAAAUGGACUGCAAGGCUGAAGAAAUUUCCAAGUUGAAAGGUUAUCACAUGAAGGAUCCAUGCUCUCAAACUGAGGAACAAGGAGUUACUUCUCCUAAUAUUCCACCUGUAGGUCUUCCAGUAGUGAGUCAUAAUGGUGCCACUAAAAGUAUUAUUGACUAUACACUAGAAAAAGUCAAUGAAGCCAAAGCUUGCCUCCAGAGCUUGACUACUGACUCGAGGAGACAGAUCAGUAAUAUAAAGAAAGAGAAGCUACGUACUCUAAUAGAUUUGGUCACCGACGAUAAAAUGAUUGAAAAUCACAACAUAUCCACUCCAUUUUCAUGCCAGUUCUGUAAAGAAAGCUUCCCUGGACCCAUCCCCUUGCAUCAACAUGAACGUUAUCUUUGUAAGAUGAAUGAAGAGAUCAAGGCAGUCCUGCAACCUCAUGAAAACAUAGUCCCUAACAAAGCUGGAGUUUUUGUUGACAAUAAAGCCCUCCUCUUGUCAUCUGUACUUUCUGAGAAAGGAAUGACAAGCCCCCUCAACCCAUACAAGGACCACAUGUCUGUACUGAAAGCAUAUUAUGCUAUGAACAUGGAGCCCAACUCCGAUGAACUGCUGAAAAUUUCCAUUGCUGUGGGCCUUCCUCAGGAAUUUGUGAAGGAGUGGUUUGAGCAACGAAAAGUCUACCAGUAUUCAAAUUCCAGGUCCCCAUCACUGGAAAGGAACUCCAAGCUGUUAGUUCCCAACAAUAACCCUUCCACAAAGGACUCUUUGUUACCCCGGUCUCCCAUAAAGCCGAUGGACUCCAUAACUUCACCAUCUAUCGCAGAACUCCACAACAGU